AAUCUUUCUAGCUCUUAAUUUCUCUCUUUUGUUACAACAUUUUCUUCCCUACUACACCAUUCCCAGAAGUUCUUUUUAGUUCGCGAUGAAUUCAUUAUCUCUUCAUAAGAGGAGAGAAAGAAAGAAUCGGAGUUAGCACUAACACACCAUCUUUUGUUUCUUCCCAUUUUUAUGUACCCCUGGGAUUGAUUCAUUGUUCUCCUAUUGAUGUCUUUGAAAACUAAUUUGAAGCUUGACUCCUCUGAGUUGAGCAAAGUUGCUCCGGAAGAAAUACCACCAGACCACAAACAUGGAGACCAUCACCUAGCAAAACCUAAAGAAAAUGUACCAUCUAACCCGUCACGUUUUGAUCCCAAAAAGAUGGAUCCUCUUACCAAGCCUGUUCCAAACACAAAUGUCAAUCAACGCCCUCCCCCAAGUCCAAAGAUUCCACCUACUGCAGAAUUCCAACAUGCUUCUACAAAUCAUCUUGUCCAUGCACAAGGGACUACCAAUCACAUCCGCAAUGAGAGCUUGGAGACCUCCUCUGCUUCUGCUCCUCUUAAGCCCCACACUGGUGGUGAUGUUAGAUGGGAUGCCAUCAAUAUGGUUGGCUCCAAAGGUCUAAUAGGUCUCAGCAACUUCCGCCUUCUCAAGCGCCUUGGUUAUGGUGACAUUGGAAGUGUCUAUCUUGUUGAACUUAGAGGAACUAACACCUACUUUGCUAUGAAAGUUAUGGAUAAGGCAUCCCUGGAAAGUAGAAACAAGAUAUUAAGAGCACAGACUGAAAGAGAGAUUCUUAGGCUUCUUGAUCACCCAUUUCUGCCCACUCUAUAUUCCUCCUUUGAGACCGAUAAGUUCUAUUGCUUGGUCAUGGAGUUCUGUAGUGGAGGCAAUCUUCAUUCUCUCAGACAGAAGCAACCCAAUAAGUAUUUUACUGAGGAAGCUGCAAGGUUCUAUGCAACAGAGGUGUUAUUGGCAUUAGAGUAUCUGCACAUGCUGGGAAUUGUCUAUAGGGACCUAAAACCAGAGAAUGUGCUAGUAAGAGAUGAGGGUCAUAUCAUGCUCUCAGAUUUUGAUUUAUCACUCCGUUGCUCUGUCAGUCCAACUCUUGUCAAGUCCUCAUCAGCGCAUCAACAAAGCAAUGGCAGUGGUUACGCUGCAGGUGGCAUUCUGGAUGAUGAGUUUGCAGUACAUGGCUGUAUUCAACCAUCAACAUUUUUCCCUAAAAUUUUGCCUUCCAAGAAGAACCGCAAAUCCAAAUCAGAUUGUGGACCCUCUGUAGGAGGCUCCAUGCCAGAGUUAAUGGCAGAGCCUACAAAUGUGCGUUCUAUGUCAUUUGUUGGCACACAUGAAUACUUAGCCCCAGAAAUCAUACGCGGAGAGGGUCAUGGCAGUGCAGUUGAUUGGUGGACAUUUGGCAUCUUCCUCUAUGAACUAUUACACGGCACUACUCCAUUCAAGGGUCAAGGAAACCGAGCUACACUCUAUAAUGUUGUAGGACAACCACUGAGAUUUCCUGAAAGCCCCCAAGUGAGCUUUGUGGCUCGUGAUCUCAUCCGAGGCCUUCUGGUGAAAGAACCACAAAAAAGAAUAGCUUACAAAAGAGGAGCAACAGAAGUAAAGCAACAUCCUUUCUUUGAGGGAGUGAAUUGGGCUCUAGUAAGAAGUGCCAUGCCUCCUCACUUACCCGAACCUAUAGACUUUUCACAAUUUGCUAGCAAAGAGGCAGCUGCAGAGAAGAAAGCUCCAGACCUAGCAGUUGAUAAAAACAGUAGUAAUCCUAAUGAUUCUUAUAUAGAAUUUGAGUACUUUUAGUAACAAAACUGAAUAUGAUCAAAAGAACAAUUGAAAGAUUGAGUUGUUACAAGGCAUAACUGUUAAUCGUGUAACGAAAAAUCUUCAAACCUUUUCUGCAUGAAGAAGGGAUAAUUGUGUUGUACAUUUAGGGAUGGAAAUUUUGUUUCUUUACAUGUAUAUGCUAAUUAAUGUUUAAAGUGUUG